AUGAUUCUAACGAACACAUUUGCCCGGCACUCUUUUAGGGCUGCGAGAUGGUGCCAGAUCCGCUCAUUGUCUACACUUGACAGCAAUCCUCAUAUUUUUGUAUUCCAAAAUGAGCCGGAAAGUGGUAGACACACGUUGUCAUUGUUAUCUUCAGAGCCUACCAACCAAAAGACGGCCAUUGGCACCACAUCCAAAUUGCCCCCAACAACGGACUCCUUCAGGGAGAACCCCAACUUUCUGAAGAUCUUGCAAGAAGUUCUCUCGAAAUAUGCCCACGAAGACCCGGAUGCGAUUUCUCAAGCCCAAGUCAUGGUUUCGACGGCCGGAGCCAAUCUGGGCCCCGGAGGAGUCCUGAUGACGGGACAACAACCCAGGAGACGGCGGGAGACCAAAGACUCCAGUGGGGGAGCCAGCGGUCAAGGUGGUGUUGGGUCUGCUGGUAGGGGUGGCUGGAUCCAUGUCUCGGAUAGCAGGCGGCCUCCAGAAUAUGGACGGAUUGCAUGGCCCGAGGAUAUUUUCGGCAGUCUUGAAGUCGAUGCCAAUGGGCAAUUUGUGGGAGAGAAUGGAAACUACCAACCAAGCGGCACUUACCGAAUUAUUACUCGAGAUGGAAUCCUUGGAUUGAGUCCCUUCCUAAGAGAGAAGCUGGUUCAGAGGCUCCGUGAGUUACAAUAG